AUGAGGUUGUUCGCUCGUUCCGCGUCUGUAUGCCUGUCCGUUUUGCUGUGUUGCCUAGCAUUUUCCGUAGCAUUCGCUGACGAUGCGCAAGUAGAAACCGGAUUUAUUCUCUGUGAGGAUUUUGGCGAGCACGCAGCGGCAGCAGCUACUGUGCAUAACAUCUCCGUCUGCGCCUUUGUUCUGCAAGGCGAGCCCGUCGACCUGGACCUCACCCCCUCUGCGACCACCAGCGCCCCUGCGAUCGUCGGCGAUGAGUUUUCGCUUCGUCGAAACUUGCUAGGCGGCGGCGCGACGCCUGUUGCGGUCCAGUUGGCGCAAUCGCUGCUGGGGAAUGCGGGGACGAUCCGAACUCAGGCGACGACGGGGGCGGGUUGGACGGUUCUCGGCUCCAUCCUCACGGAGUCGCUGCUGAUCAGCAAGAGCCUAGUCUGGGCGAUCAAGGAUUUGAUGGAUAUGUACCGCACGCGCCCACGAUCCGCGCAAAAGCUUCAGGACGCGACUCGCAACGUUGAUCGCGCGUACUCCAACCAGCAGACGCUGCUGUUAGUGCUCAACAGAAACCCUCAGACGCAGCAAUUCGAGCAACUCUCUAUCAUACGCGAUACCGUCGCGUCCAUGACCCCCAAGUUCAAGCAGCUGCUCUCUCUGCUCGCCACGUGGCGCCAGCAGCAGCUUCACGCCAUAACUCGCCUGCACUUCGCUGCAGAACCUGCCAGCCUCGCCGUCACCCAGGCCGCGCCAGCCGCACCAGCAAAAGGAAAGGGCGGCUCGAAUAUUGUGGUGACUCUUGAUGACGAUGAUGAUGAUGACGACGACGAGGAUAAGAAGGACAGGAACAAGAAGGACAAGAAAUCGCCGCCGAAGAAGAGCCCUCCCAAAAGCUCGUCGGGUUCAAAUUCGGGGGGCAAGGGUUCGAAAUCGGGCAAGAAGGCCAAGGUUGGGGCGACUCAGAUGAUCAACGUGGUUGUGGCGGCAGACGGCAGCGGAGAUUACAAGUCGAUUCAGGCCGCUGUGGACGCGGCUGGACCAGGUUCGACGAUCCGCAUCAAGGCGGGAGUGUACAAGGAGCAGAUCCAGGUCAGCACGGAUCGCAUCACGAUGAUUGGAGCUGGGAUGGAUCAGACGGUUAUUGUGUACGACGCCAGCCAGACCCGGGGUUACGAUAUUAUCACCUCGGCUACAGUCGGAGUCAACGCGGAUAGGUUUGUCGCGAUGAGCAUGACGAUUCGCAACUCAGCUGGCAUGGCAGGCCAGCAGGCCGUGGCGCUCCGUGUCGACAGCGAUCAAGCCGCGUUUUACCAGCUCCGGAUUUCGGGAUUUCAAGACACCCUGUUCGCCAGCACGGGUCGCCAGUACUACACGAAGUGUUUCAUCGACGGGGCUGUGGAUUUCGUGUUCGGCGACGCGGCGGUUGUGAUUCGCAAUUCGCAAUUGAAGGUCCAGGCGUCGCAGUAUGACACGACAAUCACCGCGUCGGGUCGCCUGAGCAAAACGUCCAACACCGGGAUUGUCGUCAUGGACAGUCGCGUGGUGUCGUUCGCGCCGCGCGUUUUCCUUGGGCGACCGUGGAAGGACUACGCGACGUCGGUGUUCAUCAACACGUGGCUCCCGAAUAAAGUUGUUGCGGACGGCUGGAUGACGUGGGCCGGCGAGACGUACGGCGGAAAGCCAUUUCUGGCGGAGUUCAACAGCAAGGGACCCGGCGCCAAGCCUUCUCGUGUCAAGUGGGCCAAGCCCGGCGUUACAUCAGGUGGUGCCGUCAGCCAGUACAAUCCGAACAGCUUCAUCCAGCUCCAAUCGUGGAUUGGCGCCACCAAGAUUCCCGUCUGA